AUGGAUAGCAGUAACGCUGAAGUUUCAACUAUUUUUCAUCCAAGAAGGUCCAGAGCUCCGAGUAUUAUUUUAAAUGAUGAGCAAACUGGACAUCCUUAUGCUAGUCCUGGACAUGUUGUUGUUGAUACAGGAUGCGAGCAACAGGGAUGCAGUGUUACGGGGGGAUGCGACUCAGCAUCGUCGUGCAGGUCACUGGAGACGAGCAGCGGCCUGGGAAUAAGAGACCCCAGUGGCGGGAGCGCGGGUGGUGGUCAAGGGCACAAUCAACCGAGUCAUACUGGCUCAAACGUUAAUUAUCAGACGAGACGGCACUCUAUUGUCAGAUGCUUCGACUCUUGUUGUGCUCAAUCUGCCAAGAAGAUUUAUUUUGGAGUCUGUGUAACAGUUUGUGUGACAGCCAGCUGGGUUGGAGCGACGCACUGUAUAAAAUACUUAUACUUUCAUAAACCUGACAUAAUAACAAAUCACAUUGAAUCUGACAAUGUCACCAGUGAAUUAUACCAUCAACCUAUCGUUCUUCCCUACAACGCGCCUUUCUUCACCACCUGGUUCUGCACAAACUGGGCCGUGCUCUACUUCCCAGUGUACUUUAUCUGUCAGAUAGCAAGGUCAAAAUGUACGAACCCAACGGAGAUAAUCGCAGAAAGUUUGCGCGGAUUUCGCGACAAGGGUCUUACGGGCGGCCGAUUUCUGACCCGGUGCAGUUUCUUCUGCGGGCUCUGGGUCGCGACUAAUUACAUGUACAUCCACUCAUUACGCAUUCUUCUUGCCACUGAUGUAAUGGCCUUGUUUGCUACCAACGUCUCUUGUGUUUAUCUUCUUUCUUGGGUCAUUUUACAUGAGCAAUUUGUCGGAGUUCGGAUCGUCGCUGUAAUAUUAUGCGAUACAGGUAUUGCGUUACUAGCAUACAUGGACGGUAUUACCGGAAGCCCAACCCUCGGGGGUGUUGUUUUAGCAGCUUCUGCAGCCGCUGGCUCUGCAGUUUACAAGGUUUUAUUUAAAAAAGUCAUCGGUGAAACGACAUUCGGACAAGUUUCAAUAUUUUUUACACUAAUUGGACUUUGCAAUGCGGCGUUACUAUGGCCGAUUUGUUUGGCUCUUUAUUUUUCGGGGGUUGAAAGCGUUCAUUGGGCACGCUUACCCUGGGCAGCUUUACUUUCUGCUAGUAUACUUCAUUUAGGUGUACUCUCCCUCAUCUUCAGGGUAAACAUGCUGAAUACUGAGCCUGGCAGUCUCUCCAUCAAAGUCGGCUGCAAAAUCACCCCCAAGAGGCAAGAGUUUUCCUCCUUUUUCCCACCUGAUGUCUGGUUCCGGUUUCGCGUGGAGCUUGCACACCAAGGUGAUGGCGUCGCCGUCACAACAUCUCAAGUCUCGAAGCGGCCGCUUAAUCACCGGCAAGGUCUGGACAUUACUACAGACAGACAAAUAUACGUUUGCUCAUCAUCUUUAAUCAUUAGUCAUCAAUGUCAACAUAACAUCGCGUUAACAUAUGAUUUAUUCAUCACCCUGGGAUUAAUAACUGCAGUUCCAGUGUCUGCAGCACUGGAUGUUGUGCUCUACGGAGCGCACUUUGUAGGUAUGAAACUCGCGGGAAUGAUAUUAAUAUCAGUUGGAUUUUUCCUGGUGAUGUUUCCCGACAAUUGGCCGGACUACAUAACGCGGCUGUUACGAAACGUAGUCACCAUGAGUCACAGUGCAAGUACGAAUCCGCAACAACAUGGGGUAGCCAGUGGCCGGGGUGUUGGCGGUGGUGGUGGUGGGAUGACCAGUAAUCGGAGCCGCAGGCAAUCAUUCCAACAGAGGCAUUUCCGAAGGAACUACGGUGUGUCGUCUUCGCAGGGUGACGGUCAAACUUUGCUACCCUCUACUAAUAACUCAGCAGUCUCCAAUUUGAUACAUCGACAUACUAACAACAAUAAUAAUAAUAAUAAUAAUAAUAAUAAUAAUACUAAUAAUAACAAUAAUAAUAAUAAUACCAGUAAUAAUAAUAAUGUCGUCUCCUCAUCCUCUGAUACCCAACAUCAUCGCGUUCCUAAUUCAAACUCGAUACAGUCAACCACUACUAACAACCAUCGCUCGCACGUCAGUCCACAAAACCAACAAGAUGGAGCAGAAAACACAGGCACGGGAUUCCCGGCGGCGCUUCCAGGGACGUGAUCGAUUAUCGGACGGGUUAUAUUAAAUCCCAUCUUAGAUCACCUUCCGGAAGAGUGAGGUGA